CUGAAGCAAGGACAGCCCCCAGUUUCCUACACUGUCUGGAAGCAUUAAGCUACCUAGCAACGGGGAAACAUCAUUCGAAGUGAAAAUCCUGGGCUACCUAGCAACUAAACAAUGUCAUUUAGUGCCUAUCCAACACCCAGAUUCGAAAGGGGACCUGCCUCAUAACACAAAGACUAAAGCUGCCUCAAGAAUAAAACUGCACUGGACAAGGAUUGAUGAUUUCAGUGUGCUGCCGAAAGGAUGUCUGCACUCCGUAGAAAAUUUGGUGAAGACUAUCAAGUUGUGAACACUUCCCGGGUUUCCACUUACAGUGCACCUGUAAAAAAGAAAAGGCAAAGGUUUGUAGACAAGAACGGUCGUUGUAAUGUGCAGCAUGGGAACUUAGGCGGAGAGACAAGUAGGUACAUUUCUGAUUUGUUCACUACUUUAGUGGAUCUGAAGUGGAGAUGGAACCUCCUAAUCUUCAUUCUGACUUAUACAAUUGCCUGGCUAGUGAUGGCUUCAAUGUGGUGGAUCAUAGCCUAUAUCCGAGGAGAUAUAAACCAGACCCAUGGCGAGAACUAUACCCCGUGUGUGGCCAAUGUCUACAAUUUUCCAUCUGCUUUUCUCUUCUUCAUAGAGACAGAGGCCACUAUUGGUUAUGGCUUCAGAUACAUUACCGAGAAAUGCCCAGAGGGUAUCAUCCUCUUCUUGUUCCAAUCCUUGCUUGGUUCCAUUGUGGAUGCCUUUUUGAUCGGGUGUAUGUUCAUCAAAAUGUCCCAGCCAAAGAAAAGGGCAGAGACUUUGAUGUUUAGCCACAACGCAGUCAUCUCCCAACGUGAUGGCAAAAUGUGUCUGAUGUUUCGAGUAGGGAACCUUAGAAACAGCCAUAUGGUCUCUGCUCAGAUGCGAUGCAAAGUGAUAAAGUCCAGGCAGACCCCAGAAGGAGAAUUCCUGCCCUUGGAUCAGUGUGAGUUGGAUGUGGGAUUUGGGACUGGUGCGGACCAACUGUUUCUGGUGUCACCUCUGACUAUCUGUCAUGAAAUAAAUCCUAAAAGUCCUUUCUUUGACCUGUCUCAACGAUCCCUGAGAAGUGACCAGUUUGAAAUUGUGGUGAUUCUGGAGGGAAUUGUUGAGACUACCGGAAUGACAUGUCAAGCGAGGACCUCAUACACAGAAGAUGAAGUUCUUUGGGGCCAUAGAUUCCUUCCCGUCAUGUCACUAGAAGAAGGUUUUUUCCGUGUAGAUUAUUCUCAAUUCCAUUCCACAUUUGAGGUCCCCACGUCUCCCUAUAGUGUAAAGGAACAAGAUGAGAAGCUGUCGCUUACAUCACUUUGUCCCACCCCCUGUAUCAGCAACAGCAAGAACAGAAGGGAGAGAAUUUUCUCCUUGGACUGCAUCGAUACCCUAGCAGAAAAGGGCAACAAAUUACCUGUCAAACUUCAGAAAAUGAGCACCGGUAAAGAUGAGGUGCAGAGGAAAGUUAUAAGGAUGACUGCCGACAUAGGAGAGAAAACUUGCAGCACUGGUGAUCUGCCUCUAAAACUGCAGAGGUUAAGCUCUAACCCCAGCAAUUUUGGUGCUGAAGAAAGACUCCCACUGAAGAGUUUCAAAGUCAAUUCAGAAUCCAUCACUCAAUCGACAGGAGAUCUUCCACAGAGGGAACAUGGCCUGCAACUUGCAGGGCCACGAAUGGAGGACAAUUUACCUGCCAAACUGAGGAAAAUGAAUUCUGGUCGCCUCACUUAGAAAGAGACAAUAUCAAAUACAGCAUGUUUCUUUUUAAAUACCUGUAAAAAUCUGAGACUUAAGACCUUCAAGUUGAGUGUAUUGGGCUAGUUAGAGUAUACAUUUUCUGUUAUGUUGGGGUGACUACAAUGCUUUAGUUGCUUAGUUCCUAAGUUGAGGGGUAAGA